AUGAUGCGGAACGAAGAAAGACCGCUCCUGUCGUUGUGGACACUGCUUCAGUUCUUAUUUCUUCUGAUUGUCUUCUCGAUCAUCACAAGCGCUAUUCUCUUGGUCCCCAAAGUGUGCGAAGAGGAACUCUCGAAGAUGAUGCACUCUGCACACAAUGAUGAGUGGGAGCAAACGCAGCAAUGCAUGAUGAAGGUGGUACAGGACAUGAAAAGAAAGACAGAUUCGACUUUGGACAUCCUUUUUAUUAAUGUGAAGCAUGCAUCGCUCUUUUGGAAUCACGUUGUCUUUCUUAUUGACUUGAUGUGUGUUCACAUAUUCUUGCUGGUCGCCGUGGCUUGCAAGACGUACUUCAGCGCAUUCCAACUUGUUUCAUCAUCGCUCGCUCUUGUGACCAGCAAACUAUCCGAACAAAAUUAUCGUGGGCUCAUGGAAGGCAUUAAGGUGCUUAUGAUUAGAAUAGGGUGGAUCGUGCACAACCUUGGAGCUCUGAUCAGAGCUACGUUUGAAUGUGCUGUCACAGAUGAAUGCAUACUCACGCACAGCAGCGACUCUCAAGAUAUGCCUGAGCUGGUUGCGUUGGUGCAAAGACAUCUUCCUACCUUUCGAGAGACGAUACAUGACUUUUGGACUCUAAGUAUGGACAACUCAACCGCCACAGUUGCUUUCAAGCUCGUCACUGGGAUGUACCUCACUUACAUAACUGUUCGUCUGAUCAAGAGAUUGUGUGUGUUGUGUUUUUGUUUUUCCUGCAAUGUGCUGUUCGUGAUGAUCGGCAUGCAGCCACCUUUCUUAAAACGGGAUACUGUAGAAGAGCGUCUGGAUGAAUCGCUGGAUAUUUCGAACAUCUCAGGCAACAGUGAAAGUGUAGAGGGAGCGAAUGGGGAGGAAGACGGGGAGAAGGGAGAACAGAACGGAGAUGAACAAGAGGAAAACAUGCUUGAGGAGACGAAGAAAGACAUGGAGACCCAAACAUGUGAAAGUUCGGAUGUCGAUCUUCCUGUUGACUGGCAUGUCGACAAACUUGACAAAGACGCUGUUGAACCUGGUGGGAAUGAGGAAGCAAGAGGGGGGGAGAGAGCUUCGGCGUGUCGACUCUCUUGCAACGGGUCGGGGACAGCGGAUUAUGAGAUAGAGGCGUGUGACGAUCGACGUUCUAAGUGCGUCGCGCUCGAGGUCAUGGGCUCGUACUUGCAACAGGGAAGGGACGCGGCGGUUGGGAGGAAGCGCGUGUAUGAUAAGGAGGAGCGAAAGGAAGCUGAGAAGGACGCGAGAACAGCUGGGCUCGUGGUGCUCUUGCUGCUCGCCCUGUCCUCUCUCUCCAUCAUCGCCCUCUUACUCGUCGCUCUCACCCGCGAGCUCAUGACCGCAGGCAGGCACAGGUUGUCGGGCUUGGCUUAG